CACACAGUUAAAACCUGGUCGUAUGACUUCAUUGUUCCGCCUGGGUUUCCUUUAUGAUCGCGGGAUCUCCCCCAUCCUACAGCAGACACACAAACACACACCUCUCACACACUCAGCGCUCUUCAUCCAGCUGUUCCUCUCCAGGACGCACUGACUUGGCUCUCGCGCGCUCCCGACUAGAACCCGUGCUCUGUCUCGCGGAUAUUCCGAGGAUUUGGUGAUAUCACUGGACCCGGGAUCACUUGUGUCUCUGUCGCCUGGUAUUCAAGCUCAAACGUCUGUGCCACCAUGUCCGAGGUCCUGCCGUACACAGAGGGGAAGAUGAGCGGCUACGGAGCGGACAACGACGUCAGCCAGAUGUCCUUCAGCUGCGGGCUGCAAGACACGAGCUCGUUUUUCGGGGCGUCGCAGGCGAAAAGACCCCCAAAGCUCGGGCAGAUAGGCAGAGCAAAGAGAGUGGUCAUCGAGGACGACCGAAUAGACGAGGUCCUGAAGGGAAUGACGGACAAAGCGUCACCGGGCGUCUAAAGCUCCAGCGGCGCUUCGCAGACAUUUCAAUUUUAAAACAUCACCGGUUUAAAGCAGAGGUCGGCUGUGUGUGGAUGAGGGAGGACGGAGAGACACGACGCGCUGCCGAAAAGGCGACACAAGAGUCAACUAGAGAGAGAGAGAGAGAGAGAUGUGGCGACAACGAGAUUCAGUCGGCACCCGGCAGACAUUCUAGCCGAUUUAUAUAUAAAACAAAUAAACCCAUAAAAGCAUAGCUGCGCAGCAAGUCAUCGCCGCCGCCGCCGCCGCCGCGGGUUCUCAUGUGGCUCCAUUAGAGACCUCUCGCCCCCGCUGCACCUGCCCCUGCCCCUGCACCUGCCCCGGGGGACGGACAUGCCAUUACUUCAUUCUCUUCCAAAAUGCGCUGUAUACGCAUUGACCUUUGAGCGCAGGACAAAGCACAUCUCGAGCUUCAUUCUCUUUAUUAUACCUGUACAGUGUCUCUAACUCGACAGACUCGAACUUUAAGCCUGUACGCGCUUCAGAAACCUGAAAAGCCUCGGGUGUGAACUGAGACGGCACCUGCGCCGCUGCUCCCCGUGUAGAGUGCAUUCCAGCUGCUAGUAGAGAUGUUUAGAGUCUAACACACACACACACACACACACACACACACACACACACACUUGAGACAUUUGAGAAUAACAACAAGAAGCAGUAAAAUGGUGCGAUGUUAAUAUCUGUAUUUAAUCGAUUGAUAUAAAAUGACUGCUGGGGGUUAAAUGUAUAGCUUUCGUAGACAAUUCGUGUUGAUAAGAUUAAGUGUUUUCAUGGGGAUGGGUCGUGCGUUAAAUCCACGCAGUCAAAAAAGACCCGACAUGAAUAAUAUAUACCUAUAUAAUAGCCUAGAAGAAAAUGGCCCAAAUGUAAUUAAACCUCUGCAAGUUAAUUUUAUCUUUUAAAAAGAUAAACGGCGUUGUCAAAAAAGAAUUUGAGUUUUGUUUCUUCACAUCUUUGCAUGAACUUUUGCCUUCGGUGCCAAUGCAGUUGACGUCAUACAGUACUUUUCAUGCCGUGUUCACAUUACUGCAGAAAAAUCAACGUAGCGCAUGAUUUCCUCAGUCCAGCACUGUCAGUGGAGCUGCAUGGAGUCUUAUGUCCAGGUUUGUCAACAUGGAGGAUGAGGAUGAGAAGGGAGGGGGUGUUGAAGGGGGGCAAGAGCGCACUAUGGGGUGGCACCACUCAGUUAUGUAGCUACAGAAAAAACGGUUCAAAUGUUUUUGGUGCAAAAUCAAUAUUCAUAUAACAAAAUGACUGUAUGGGCCUUGUAGAAGGGAGAAAAUUGUUAAGGAUGAGAGAUUUUUUUUUGUAAUUUAAGGUCAGAAUUGGUGUGUCAAUUUAUUUAAAGCGUGGCAAGUGCUACAGUUUUGACCUUCCCUCUGACUACAUAUGUAAACAGAUAACAUAUAAAGUUAACAUCAUGUAUGAAUCUAUAACAAGCCUACUUUUACAUAUACAUAAAAAAAAAAUCAGGUUAACUAAGUAACCGUACAGGUUGUUGUGGUGUUUAAAUACUGUAAUACCAUACAAGCAUCCAAAGUAUAUUUUGAAAACCUUUGUCAUUGCACUUAACCAGCACAGGGUGGAAAAGAGAUGCGGACAACACUCGAUUCAGGUUAACGUCCAUGCACAAAUCUUUCCACAAGGAUAUGAAUACAGUAUCACUCAUGGCAUGUUUCUUUUUAACGAAGUCAGUUUUGUAUUUUUUUCUUCAUCUUAGUAUAUAUAUUAUAUAUAUAGCCUCUGCUAUUUUGUCUUAAAAUCUUACAAUUCAACAAAAUUAUUUGUAUCUUGACAAGGGAUGAGAAGACUGCACACCUGAGAGGGUUGUAAAGUCAUUUAUUAUUAGACGUGGGACUUCUUUCUGUCCUGCUUUCUCUCCCUUCAAAAGGAAACACCGAGUAUGUUUCGGGGGAUUUAUUUGCACAAAUCAAUGUUACUACUAUAACUAAAAAAUUGUAUACUGUGACAUGAGCAUUAUUGAUUUAUUCAUUAGAAAAUGGCGACGUUAGACUCUGCUGCACUGUUUACGACUAUCCUCAAAUAACAGUGUUAUUUGAUGAGUUUCUGAGCAUUAUAUCUAUGCGUUUUGUUGUUUAUUUUGUACCAUUCUUAUAUAAAAAAAAAGAUUUUGGUUUGUUGUGCAUGAAACCAACUUUUCAACAACUGGCAUUGUUUUAUGAAGCAAAAAAGCAACAAAAAAUGUAAUCACAUUCUGAGAAUGAAUCAUUGUAUAGUAUGAUGCCAUUUUCACUGUACUUGGUGAAUUAAUAAAUGGU